GUAUAAGAGGUGGAAGUGAAAGUGAGCUCGUAUUUCUGCGUCUGCUCUUUCACUGUACAGACAUGGAAAAGUUUCAGGCAAUUCUUAAGUUUGCCAGCAAACAAACCAACUUUGGAUAUGGAUUGGUUGCUCUGAUAACGGCAUGUGGAGAGCAGAUCUUCUCAUCGGUAGCCUUCAAAUGUCCCUGCAAUGAGCUGAAUUUUAUCUACGGCUUAGUCUUUCUGUUGAUGCCAGCCCUGGCCUUGCUGCUGCUUGGCAUCAUUCUCAGUAAGAAGACUUGGAAACUGACGACAGGGUUUUGCCAUCGCAACUCAAAGCUAUGUAACUGGAGGAAUCUGAAGAGCAUGGGAGUGACUGUCUUCCAAAUCAGUGCUUCUGCACUGGUAGCGCCGUCUACUUGGAUUGCUGUGGCUCUGCUGCAUGGCAGCUAUUAUGAGUGUGCCAUGACGGGGGCCAACUCCACCAGCUACACUGAGGUUGUGUGCAGGGGGGUGAACUUUGAAGCCAAAUGCGUUACAGAGCUGCAAACGUUUCCUUGUAGAAACACUGGAAAUGAAAUAGAGGAAAUUCUGCGAACCGUCAGAGCUCAUUCUCAGAUUCUGGGCUGGCUGGUCAUCGCCUCCAUCAUGAUAUCCAACCUGUUGGUGAUUUGUGUGGCUCACUGCUUCUCCCCCAUCAGCUACCUGCAGCUAAAGUUUUGGAAGAAUUAUGCUGAGGAGGAGAAUGACCUCAUGAACGACUACUCAAGUAAACAUGCCAAAGAGCUUGCAGAUAGGAACCUGAAGAGCUUUUUUAAUCAGGACCCCGCCGGCAAC